AUGAAUUGGGAUGUCCGACUUGCAGGUUUCUGCAAUUCUUUCAAUAUGCCUUACAAGUCUCGCUGGACGAUUGACGUCCCGGAUACUCACUUAGCCUCUCUCUUGUUACAGUCGCCCACGGCGCCUCUUUCUCAAACCCAUAGAGCUUUCUUGGAUGCAGCUCGUGCGGAUACCCACUAUUUGACCACCCAUGACUUUCGACUUUGGAGCCAGCGGCUUGCCGCUGGACUACGCAAGUCCGGUUUGCAGCCUGGCGACCGAGUUCUAUUAUUCUCCGGCAACGACCUCUUCUUCCCGGUAGUAUUCAUGGGUGUGAUCAUGGCCGGUGGAAUCUUCACCGGUGCCAACCCAACGUUCGUCGCCCGCGAAUUAGCCUAUCAACUUCAGGACAGCGGUGCAACAUACCUUCUUUGUGCUACAGGAAGCCUAGAGACCGGUAUCGAGGCCGCAAAGCAAGCCAAUAUCCCCAAAGACCAUGUCUUUGCCUACGAUAGCUCGAUCUUCGAUGGUAACACCACCCCACAGCAGGGCUGUCGAUACUGGAGCGACCUUGUUGCCUCCAAGGAAGAAGGUGCAGCCUUUGCUUGGGAAGAGCUCUCAACUCCCGAUCUGUCACGCCGCACUCUGGCACUGAAUUACUCGAGUGGAACGACGGGUCGCCCGAAGGGCGUGGAGAUCUCGCAUAGGAACUAUGUCUCCAACAUGUUGCAGUACUGUCACUUCGGGACGCUGAGUCCCGACUACAAGAGCCGGCUUGAACGCUCGCGCUGGCUGUGCUUCUUGCCCAUGUAUCAUGCAAUGGCGCAGAAUAUCUUCAUUGCGGCUGCGCUGUAUCGCGCAACACCGGUGUAUGUUAUGCCGAAGUUUGACUUUGUCAAGAUGCUCGAGUAUACUCAGCGGUUCCGUAUUACGGAUCUGAUUCUCGUACCCCCGGUGGUCGUUGCAUUGGCUAAGCACCCUGCAGUCAAGGAUUUCGAUUUAAAUUGUGUGGAGGCCGUUAUGAGUGGUGCGGCGCCGUUAGGAAGAGAGGUCUGUGAGGAGGUUGAGAAGUUAUGGCCUGCAGGGAAAAUCAACAUCAAGCAGGGGUGGGGAAUGACCGAGGCAACUUGUUCGAUUUUGGGCUGGGACCCCACUGAAAAAAGCACAUCCGCCUCUGUCGGUGAGCUCAAUCCCAAUUGCGAAGCUCGCAUUGUGUCACUCGACGGCCAAGAGGUCGAAGAGCGAAAUGUGCGUGGCGAACUUUGGGUGCGCGGGCCCAAUAUUAUGACAGGCUACUGGCGCAACGACAAAGCAACCCAAGAGACUAAGACCGCCGAUGGGUGGCUCCGGACAGGAGAUAUUGCAUUCGUGGACGAUUUGGGCAAAUUCCACGUUGUGGAUCGCAUGAAGGAACUAAUUAAGGUCAAGGGCAACCAAGUGGCGCCCGCCGAGCUCGAAGCUCUGCUUCUCGAACACCCGGCGAUCGCAGACGUUGCUGUGAUUGGGGCAAUAAUCAAUCAUGACGAACGCCCUCGCGCAUACGUGGUUCUUUCUCCCGAAAAAACCGCCACCGCGGACGAGAUCGCGCAGUUCGUGAAUAGCAAAGUUUCCGCCUUCAAGCGGAUUACAGGCGGCGUGGUAUUCCUCGACGCCAUCCCCAAAAACCCAUCGGGCAAGAUCCUGCGGGCCAAAUUGCGCGAUCAGGCGAAGGAGGAGCUCAGGGGUGUCACCGCCAGACUUUAG